UGGGCCUAUAUCAAAUCUAAUUGGGCCAAUGAUAACUUGAAAGAGUAGGUGAAGCCUUCUGCUAGAACCAGAAUCAAUUCCGGUGGGAACUUCAAACAACUAUGGUGUAGAGCGGUUGGCUAAAUACGAGAAUCUUUUACCGGUACCAACAGUAACCUAAACUUUGUCCUCCGAUCCUCCCGUAGUUGAAGUUAGUGCCGACUGCCGACUGUACAUUUUGGCCGGGAACUUGCCGACGGUUGUAUUCAGCUGAAUCAGUUCUGCUUCACCUUCGUCAAGGCUAAAGAUCUCACCAUGUGGACCCUAAACACACUGAAAGCUUAAGCAUAUCUGUGCACCAUUAUUAGGUGAAAAAGAAAUUAAGUGUAAAUGUACUAGGAGCAAAGCUUGCAGAGGACUGCAAAUGUGGGUGGGGAAAGCUGAAAGUGAACUCUCGUACUCAAUAAUGAAGUCACUUUUCCUAGUCACCAGAAAUCAGAACCGGGGACCAAAGCCAUGCAUAUCUGAUACCAAGUUCAAGUCCCAACGAACUGCCACCUACUGUUCACUAAACACAAUAAAAGAAUACAGGAGGGUCCUACUCGACGUACAACGACAGGUUGUAAUAUUGGCGACGAGAGGACCAGUCUCUAUAAUUACUGAUCCUGCCAGUCGGUUUAAUACACAUUUAAUUUUUGCAUUCAAAGCUCUCAUAGCCAUUUAUGGUUUUCGGGUAUUCUUAGACUGAGCGAAGGCUUUUAAAAUUUAAACAUCAUCGCCACUGUUCAUUUCAAAAUCAAAUCCGUAGCCAAACCGGCAUUGAUCAUAGGUUUACAAUUCAACCAAUUUAACAACUAAAUCAACCCAUUUUACUGAAAACUAAAUAAAUUUAUAUCAUAUAUAUGACAUUGUUUUAGAAUAAA